AUGGCCGCCACGUUGAACCUGUCGCACAAGAAGGGCACCGACAUAUACAAUGAUGAUGCAUCUAUUGCGGAUAUCUUCGGUGAGGAGUUGAAAGGCCGAAUGUUGCUUGAAGCGGUGUGGAACACCUAUCAGGUAGGGGAAAAAGUCCGAGUGCGAUUCUUUGCUGAUUCGAAUGACUUGGAGGAUUCUCAUCAACCCUUUUCGCGGCGUGUGCCAAACAUCCAAAGGAGCCCUUACAACAGCCGUCAGCAGGAUGGUGUUCGGGCUGAGUAUGUCAAGAGCGUCAAGCUGCGAGGGAUCGUCGAAAAUGUCCGGGGAGAAGCCUGGUUACAGCAAAGACCAUCUGAAGUCAUCACCGCCACCUCAGAUGGCAAAGUCGUUGAAACCGAGUUGCACAAGUUCAAGAAAGAUGGCAACAUCAGCUGGAACAGCUCGAACUACGAAUCCAAAUGUUCUGAAUUUCUGCGCAACCAUGUUGAUUUCGGAGAGGUCUUUGGCGAGUGGAAGUUGUUCGAGACAUGUCGGGCAACAUACAACUUUUGGCACAAAAAGUGGGAUCUCUUUCAAGGCGACGAUGGGCUGAUUGCAGUGAUGGGUGCAUGCUGUGACUACCUCCAUCCCAGGUUGAACCGAUCGACAGCUUUGCAGUGCAUCCAGCACGUGUCAAAUUCCAUUUCAUGCACGCUCUAUGAUGGAGUUGCAGCCGACGACAUGAAACUGCUUCUGAUGGUACCAUUGCUGGACGAAACCGGUGACAAAUAUUGGGUGUUCGACACCUUGUCGAAAAAACCCCUUGUGACCCGACUCUUCACACAGAUGUCCGGGUCUGUUGUUACCAAAGCCGGUGCUGAUGGCGUUGUGGAGCCCAAAAAAGGGAAAGGAUCCAGCCGUGGUGGACGGGGUGCCGGCAAGGAGAAUGCUGAGCCCAAGAGGAAAGCCAAAGCGAAACCUGCGGCAAAGAGGAGAACAGCCCCCCAACCUGCACGAGAAGCACCAGUGCUCAGUCUUAGCAAUGUUCCAGCCGAAGAACAUGUUGGUGACACUGUGGUUCAUUGCAACAUCGGGGUGCGACCCAAGCUGUGGGUUGACGAUUUGCUGGCUUGUGUGGCCCAUGUUGUGUCGUCUGUGAAGGCCAUGGGGCUGCAGCAUGAAGUUGACUUCACAGUGAUCAAGUCCGAUUUGAUUCGCAUUGGUCUAUGCUUUGCCUUCCACGGAGAGAUUGUCCUACAUGAUGGUUCUAAAACCACGCAGCACCGACGAUGGAGCCGACUUCGCCCAGCUUUGAAGCAGUAUGCGCUGCACAAAAUCAUGCAGGCCAGAUGGACACCACAAAGGGCAAGCUGA